AUGUUUGGCGACGACAAAGAAGUAAAAAUUGGAGCGGCCAAGAGACCAACGGGCAGGCUGCUGCGUCUAGCAGAGCACCCAUUAUUAGUAAGUGGAUCAUCCUUCCACCCGUCCCGUACGGCCACUACCAUGAUCUGGGUGAUGCUAGUCGUCAUGAGCCUGCUUUCGGCCACCUUCUGCCGGGUACUCGUGCUCACCGUCGGUGCUCUUUACCCGGCUUAUGCGUCCUGCAAGGCAGUCGACUCGCGAAACGCACGGCAAUACGUCCAUUGGAUGAUGUACUGGAUCGUCCUCGCCUCCUUCCUCACCAUGGAACCCAUUGUCGACUGCAUGCUCGCAAACAUCCCGUUCUACAACCAACUCAAGAUGGGCAUCGUAUUUUGGUUGCAGUCUCCUACGAACAAAGGGGCAAGCCUAAUAUUCCGCAAGGUCAUCCUGCCUCAGUUCACGCGCUGUGCGGCCGAGAUUGAUCUUUGUGUGGCCAAAAUUAAUGCCGAAGCUGCUUGCGUCGGAUCCACCGCUGCCAAGUACUUUGUGCAGGUGAUCAUUCGCUCAGUGCUGGACCACAUGCGAGAUUAUAGCAUUGCCGAUCCUGCUGCUCUGCCUUCUUCGCAAAAUGAGAAGUCUGAGAGGUCUGCGCAAGAGCAUCGGAGCCCUGCGACACUAAUAUCCAGUCCGGUGAAUUGA